CUCACCGACUGUCACAGGUUAGCUGACACAGCCGUGUCGGAACGAUAAACAUGGACAAAGCUAAGCUUCGUUUUCUCACUUUCUGUAUAUCUUUCUUCUCUGUCUCGCUAACAGUAACACGGUAAACACAGAGUAAGUGAAAUCCUACGUACGUGCUCAUUCCGGUGGAACUAUCAUAUCCUCUCCGGGAUCUGAAUCUGCGAAAUGUAAUGUACUUCUUCUUCUCGUGAAGGAUCCAGAAGAAGAAGAACCACACUCACCAAUGAGCAAAAUCCGUCUCUGCCAGAGGAUUCUCCUCCUCUCUCUCUUCUUUCUCUCCGUCGUCGCUCCUCUCGUCUUCGUCUCUCACCGCCUCAACCUUCUCACUCUUCUCGGGAGAAGAGAGUUUCUCGAAGAUUUAUAUCGCGCUACAUACAGGGGAGAUACUUUGAAGUUAAAUGCUGUAGAACAGAUUCAGGAAGGUGCUGACGGAUUAGAAGAGCCAAAUCAAGUUGUUUAUACGGAAAAGGAUUUUGCUUCAACAAUUAGUUACUAUUCAGAAAAGAAUAAUGAUUUUAAGGAAUCUGGAAUUGCAGGUUACAGAACUACCACUUUGGAAAGAAAUGUUUCAGGAUUCAACCCAGAUAAAGGACAACGCCAGGGAGCUCAGCAGAAUGAAUUAUCCUUCAUGGCUCAAGGUAGGAACAUACAUGAUUCACAGAGAAUGUCAGAGAAGAAUAUUCAAGUUACAAAUAAGAAGGUUCAAGAGAUUAAGGAUCAAGUUAUUUUAGCCAAAGCAUACUUGAAAAUUGCACCACCAAGCAGCAAUUUACGCUUGAGGGAUUUGGAGCAGCUAACGAGAGAGAUGGAAUUAGCAGUUGGAGAAGCCACCCAGGAUUCGGAUCUGUCAACGAGUGCUUUGCAGAAAAUGAGACACAUGGAGGCUUCCCUGUCUAAAGUCUAUCGUGCUUUCCCAGACUGCUCUGCUCUGGGUGCUAAGCUUCAUACAAUGCUGCGUCAGGCUGAAGAGCAAGUCCGUUCUCAGAGACAUCAAGCAACAUAUCUUGUUCAUCUUGCUGCAAGGACUGCCCCAAAAGGCCUACACUGUCUUUCUAUGCGGUUGACUGCAGAAUACUUUGCCUUGAGGCCUGAGGAGAGAAAGCUUCCAAAUGAAAAUAAAAUUUAUCACCCUGACCUUUAUCAUUAUGCUGUCUUCUCUGACAAUGUUCUGGCAUGUGCAGCGGUUGUUAAUUCUACUAUCUCUACUGCCAAGGAACAGGAGAAACUUGUUUUCCAUGUAUUGACCAAAUCACUCAACUUACCAGCAAUCUCAAUGUGGUUCUUAAUAAAUCCUCCUGCCAAAGCUACAGUCCACAUACUGAGCAUAGACAACUUUGAAUGGUCGUCCAAGUACAAUACCUACCAGGAAAAUAAUUCCAGCUAUCCAAGAUUCACUUCUGAACUGAACUACCUGCAUUUCUACCUUCCAGACAUUUUUCCUGCUUUAAAUAAGAUUGUACUUUUGGAUCAUGAUGUGGUGGUGCAACAAGAUCUCAGUGAACUAUGGAAUAUCAAUAUGAAGGGAAACGUAAUUGGAGCUGUUGGAACUUGUCAGGAAGGAAAAAUCCCAUUUUAUAGGAUUGAUAUGUUCAUAAACUUGUCAGAUCCAUUAAUUGGAAAGCGGUUUGAUGCCAAUGCUUGCACAUGGGCAUUUGGGAUGAACUUGUUUGAUUUGCAACAGUGGAGGAGACAUAAUUUAACUGCUGUCUAUCAGAAUUAUGUGCAAAUGGGUUUGUGGAACAUUGGAAGUCUACCUUUAGGCUGGCUGACUUUCUAUAAUAAGACAGAGUUGUUGGAUAGACAGUGGCAUGUUCUUGGCCUUGGCUAUAGUUCGGAUGUUGAUCGAAAUGAGAUUGAGCAGGCUUCCGUUAUACACUAUGAUGGGCUUAGGAAGCCGUGGCUGGAUAUUGCAAUGGGAAGAUAUAAAAGUUAUUGGACCAAAUUCUUGAAUUUUGACAACAUUUUUUUGCAACAGUGCAAUCUCCAGGCAUAGUUCAAAAUUCAAAGUUCCCUCUACCUGACAUGACGGGGAUUCUGUUGUCGACAAGCUUGAUGGCACAUUCAUGACUUUCUUCACGUUAAUAUUUCUGCAAUCGAUUAAAGUUCUCCAUAUCUCUGACCACCCCAAAAUUUCCAUGCACUUCUUUCUCGAAACUUAGCAUAUUUAUCGUUACAACUUACAAUCAAGAUGAAGAGUCAGUGACGUGCAUUUUACCUGCUUGCAGAUGCAAUUGGUUGUUGUGUAUAUAAUCUUUGGCGUCUCUUAAUUUAUGCCAACAUUCUUUGCCCUUUAGUGUGUAUUUUGGUUGGGCUGUCACAAGGCCCCCGGAUGUGAUUCAUGCUGAAGCAACUCAUACUUUCUUUUGUGUUAUUUGAGAGAUUUUAAUGUGAAUUUGGAGGCAAAUCGUUAGUUCCAUGCGUCGACUGGGAGCUGGCCUAUUUGAAGAACAAAGUUCCAAAUUAGAGAUUACGGCUGUGUUUUGAAUUGUUCCGUGAGGAUGAUUUAUCUCUAGUCUUUACAAAGUGGAAAGGAAUGACCACUUCUCUACAUAGUGUUUCCCAUAGCCAAGAUCUAGCUGUUUUUCAUUCUCUUUUCUCUGGUAGUUAUGGAAUAUCAGAAGUUAAAUUGGACAGGAGGGUAUUAUUAGGAAGGCUCAGAAAUCACAGUGGAGGAAGAGGCAGGCCUAUUAUUACCAUUUAUACCGAGUUACUAUUUGUUUGAGAUGCUGAUUUUUAUUUUAUUUUCAUGUGGAUGUGUCAUGAUCCCUCUAGUUUUUGGAAGGUACUCUAGGGAAAUUUUCAGGUAUUUUGAGAGGAAAGUUAAUUAUACAUUUUCAGAGGGAAGUUAUUAAUAUUUAUAAAAUCAUGUGUGAGAAUUGUUAAAUGA